AUGCUACCGUACCUCUUCCCUGACCUUGCUGCCUUUCCCACAGUUGCUGACCUCAUUACGCACCUUCGCACUAGUGACACUCGCUACCGCGCUGCGCUUCUUGCUGAUCGGUCGGCGCUGCGUCUGCCCCGAGCGAGAGACGCCGCACCGGCAAGGGCAAGGGGGGCAAGGGUACUGGAGGGGCUAGCGGGGGUGGCGGAGGUGGCGGUGGAGGCAGUGGAGGGGGUGGGGGUGGUGGUGGGAGUGGUGGCGGGGGUGGAGGGGUCGGUGGCGGCAGUGGAGGCGGAGGCGGCGGCAGCGGUGGCGGUGGGAGCGGAGGUGGCGGAGGUGGCGGCGGUGGAGGAGGCAGCAGCGGAGGAGGUGGAGCUAGUCGAGGUGGCGCUGCGCAGAGGGUCGGCUCCGGUGGUGGUCAGCGCCAGCAGCAGCAGCGCACUCGUGACAUCCCCCCCCCCUCAGCAGCUCCGUGAGUGGUACGCUGCACGCCAGCGGGGUGGGGGUACUGGUCCGUGCAGCUACGACCUACGCACCGGCGACCGCGCGGGUGAGCAGUGCGGGGGUGCGCACUCCACCCAGUGCUGCUUUGGCCGCCUGACGGACGCUUGGUGUCACCAGUUCCCUGAGGCCACUAAGAUCCCCCGCUCGGGCGAGCUGUCUAGGGCGGGAGUAGCUGUCUUUGACCUUGACUUUGAUGCUAUUCUUGCUGCCAUGUAUGCUGUAACUACUAGUGAUGAGGGUGACUGUUACCGGUGUUUUCCGCCCGGCCCGGGCAUUGAGACUGCUGCUCUAGGUACUGGUGAGGCUGCUGCUCUAGGUGCUAGCGAGGCUGCUGCUCUAGAUGCUAGUGCGUCUGCUACCUCAGGUGCUGGUGAGUCUGCUCUCUCAGGUACUGCGUCGGCUUCAGCCUCCCACACCUUCACCCUUGACUCAGGGGCUUCUCGCUCCUUCUUUCGAGACCGCACCAUACUCACGCAGCUUGGUCGGCCAGUUGCAGUCUCUCUGGCAGACCCCUCUGGGGGUCCUGUUCUUGCUCACUUCUCCACUGUCCUCCCGUGUGCGGCGGCCCCCUCUGGCACCCUAUCUGGUCUUUACCUCCCCUCGUUCUCUACGAACUUGGUGAGUGGUGCUGACCUACAGGAUGCGGGGGUUCACCAGUUCACUCCUGCGAGCCAGCGGGUGACCCACUGCACGGACACUCAGACGGGCCGACACUUGGCCACGUUUACACGUCGGCCGGGGUCGAGCCUGUACACACUGACCACUGGGUCCCCUCCUGUCCCUGCUUCUGGCCAGGUAGCUGCGUCGGGUCAGGUGUUUGCUGCUGCGUCCAGGUCUGGUCCUGAGUCUGCCCCCUACUCGUGUCGCCUCCUGUCUCACGAGACUCUCCUCUGGCACCACCGCCUUGGUCACCCCUCCCUGCUUCGUCUCCGAGGCAUCGCCUCCCGUGUCCUUGUCUCUGGUCUUCCCUGGUCCCUCCCUCCCCUACCUCCGGGGCCUGCCCCUACCUGCGUCCCCUAUGUCGAGGGGCGGCAGCGGGCUGCCCCUCACUCCUCCCAGUUUCCUCCGACAGAGGCCCCGCUGCAGACGCUUCACAUGGACGUGUGGGGCCCCGCCCGCGUCCGUGGACAGGGUCACGAGCGCUACUUCCUGCUUGUGGUUGUUGACUACUCGCGUUACACCACAGUCUUCCCCUUGCGCAGCAAGGGUGAUGUCACUGAGGUGUUGAUCGACUGGAUCCGCGCAGCUCGUCUCCAGCUCAGGAAGAGUUUCGGCUCGGACUUUCCUGUUCUGCGUCUGCACUCUGACAGAGGCGGAGAGUUCUCCUCUGGCCUUCUGCGAGCCUACGGUCGUGCACGAGGCAUCCGCCAGACCUUCACGCUUCCGGACUCUCCACAGCAAAAUGGGAUUGCUGAGCGCCGCAUUGGCAUGGUCAUGGACGUCGCUCGUACGUCCAUGAUGCAUGCGGCUGCCCCUCAUUUUCUGUGGCCGUUUGCGGUUCGGUACGCGGCGCAUCAGAUCAACCUUCAGCCAAGGGUCUCCAUGCCGGAGACCUCCCCAGCUUUGCUGUGGACGGGGAAGGUUGGCGAUGCGUCUGCGUUCCGUGUCUGGGGAUCUAGGGUGUUUGUCCGCGACUUGUCUGCGGACAAGCUGUCCCCUCGUGCUGCUCCCUGCGUCUUCCUUGGCUUCCCCCCUGACACGCCAGGGUGGCAGUUCUACCACCCCACCUCUCGCCGAGUAGACACAGUCGAGCCUGUCGAGGUCGCUGGUGACUCUGGUGCUGCUGGGGGUGCUGAGCCUGGGGGUGCUGAGUCUGAGGGUGCUACGACUGGGGGUACUGAGCCUGGGGGUGCUGAGUCUGGGGGUGCUGAGCCUAGGGGUGCUGAGUCUGGGGGUGCUGAGCUUGGGGGUGCUACGACUGGGGGUGCUGAGCCUGGGGGUGCUACGCCUGGAGGUGCUGCGCCUGGGGGUGAGGAGCCUGAGGGAGCUGGACCUGCUCGUGUGGCGUCUGGCAGUGCUGGGCCUGGCGGUUCACCGGGUGCUCCGUCUAGACGGGAGCCACUCUCUCCACAGGAGGUGCAUGAGUGGUUUGCCCGGCGCUGGAGACGUGCUGCUGGAGCUGGAGGUCCUUCGGCUACUGAGGGUGCUGGUGCCACGGGUCCCGGAGGUGCUCGUACAGGGAGUACAGGAGCUGCUGGGCCUACGGGUAGUACUGGAGCUGGAGCCAUUGCGUCGUCUCGUGGUCCGACUGGAGCUGGAGCUGCUGAGGGUGUUGGCGCUGAGAGUGCUGCUGGCGGUACUGGAGGCAGUCCUGCUGGGGGUGCUACUGGUGUUGCUGGAGGUCCUGGAGCUACUGGAGCUGCUGGGGGUACUGGAGCUGGAGGUGCUGCUGGCGCUGGUGCUACCACUGGGGGUACUGGUGCUGUCCCUACUCUGUCUGGAGUCGCUGAGCGGCCUCGGCCGUACUUCGUUCAGCUCCUUGAGCAGGUUCUUGGUCUCCCGCCUUCUACUGGUCCUCCUCCGUUAGAGUGUCCACAGCCUGUCCCGUCGCAGUUACAGUUACAGGCGGCCUCCCCACUGCCCGCUCCUUCUCCCUACACUGGUCCUACUGGAGGUCUUGCUGAGCGUCGUGAGCCUGCGUCUCGCCCUGCGUCGCCUGUCCGUGCUGCUCGCACUAGUGGUCGUGGCUCGCGUCAGCGUCCUCCUCCUGUCCCUGGCAUGCACCGGAUGUCUCUGCGUCCAUCCACUGCUCCUCUGCGUGCCCCUUUACCUUCUCCUCCUGAGUCCUCUCUUCCUGCUCUUGCUGACCCGGAGUUGGACUCUCUUCGUGCUGCGAGUCCUACUGUCACGCGUCUACUGGCUACUGUUGUCACUGCCCCUUCCUUUCAGUCCACUGCUGGGUCUGCCCUAGUUGCUGAGCUCGUCGACUUUGCUGCUCGCUGUCGUCUAGACUACGCUGCUAGUCUUGUUGCUGAGUCUGAGUCUGUCUGUCCUCCGUCCGUCGGGGGUGAGUGUGCCCUUGGCACGGACGUCCUUGAGGACAGGCAGGAUGAGUUCCAGUGUUUGGCUGCUGCUUCACCUCAUCUCGUGUCCGUACUGCUUACCCCUGAGGGAGACCCGGAUGCACUUGACAUCCCGACUCCGCGCUCUUACGCUGAGGCGAUAGAGGGUCUCUACUCUUCUCAGUGGAAGGCAGCUAUGGACGCAGAGAUGGCUUCCUGGAAAUCCACAGGCACCUACGUUGACGAGGUUCCCCCGCCUGGGGCGAACAUGGUCAGUGGCAUGUGGAUUUUCAGGGUGAAGCGGCCGCCGGGUUCUCCGCCUGUCUUCAAGGCGCGUUACGUGGCUCGUGGCUUCAGUCAGCGGCAGGGAGUUGACUACUUUCAGACCUUCUCUCCCACCCCAAAGAUGACCACUCUUUGGGUACUGCUGCAGAUAGCUGCUCACCGUGACUACGAGCUGCACUCUCUUGACUUCAGCACUGCUUUCUUGCAGGGCAGCCUGCACGAGGAGAUCUGGCUGCGUCGCCCACCUGGCUUCAUUGGGUCCUUUCUUCCUGGCACCCAGUGGAGCCUCCGGCGGCCAGUCUACGGUCUCCGCCAAGCACCGCUUGACACUGCUGGACUCGCCCACGUGAAGUCCGAGCUGCAGAAGAGACACAGGUGCACAGACCUGGGUGAACUGCGCAGCUACCUUGGCUUGCAGAUCACCCGGGACAGAGCACAUCGCACCAUUACCCUGACUCAGUCACACAUGGUGCAGCAGGUCCUUCAGCGCUUUGGCAUCACGUACUCCUUGCCUCAGGCCACUCCUCUGCCUACUCGCCACUCGCUCUCAGCUCUGCCUUCGGAUGAGUCCGUUGAUUCGAGUGGCCCGUACCCAGAGCUUGUUGGCUGCCUCAUGUACCUGAUGACCUGCACUCGACCUGACCUUGCAUACCCUCUUAGCAUUCUCGCACGCUAUGUUGCUCCUGGGAGACAUAGACGUUACUUCGCUGCAGCGAAGAGGGUGUUGCGCUACUUGUGCAGUACGUCGGGCAUGGGGCUUGUGCUUGGAGGGCAGAGUCCAGUGGUCCUCACUGGGCACGCAGACGUUUCUUGGGCUGACGACCAGGCUACGCAGCGGUCGUCACAGGGUUACACCUUCAGCCUUGGUUCCGGCUAUGUUUCGUGGCGGGCUACCCGCUCGUCUUCUGUUCUCGGCUCCAGUUGUGAGGCUGAGAUCUACGCGGGGGCCAUGGCUGCACAGGAGCUUUGGUGGCUCACCUACCUGCUGACUGACCUCGGAGAGCUGCUCGUUCUCCUUCAGUGCAGUACGUAG